AUGGGUCUUUCUUUCAAAAUUAACAAUAAUUUUUCUGCUGCUAAAUCUAAGCAAAGGAACCAGGCCACAACAAAAAGCAAAAUAUCUCAGACAACAACAGAGGUGAAAUCGAAGAACAAAUCUAGGAGGAAAAAAAUGUGGUUUGUUUAUGUAUGUGAAGAAGAAGAGAAGGAAUUGGGAAGACAACAAGCAUCAGGUUCUUGUCCUUAUUGUAGUGGAAAAGUUGAAGCUAUGGAUGUUGAGAUGCAAUGGAGGUUUUGCUUUUUGCCUAUGUGUUUUAAGAGUAAGAGAAAAUAUUUUUGUACUUCCUGUGCUAGACGCUUAGAAUUGAAGUAUUGA